GGAGGGCUUUCUGAUGCCUUCCACCGAGGGAGGGCAUUCCUGGGUGAAGUCCCAGCCGUGAACGUGGGCUCCUGGCUCCCAGCUGGCAGCUGCUCUAGGGGUUCUUGGCAGCCCUGCCCUUUCACUGGGCCGGCCAGCACAGCGCUCGAGGACGAAGGGCUGGACUCUCUCCCAGCAGGCUCUGAGGCCGAGGUGCGCUCACUACCUUCUUAGGCACCAGAACCGGUGUGAGAACCUGCAAUGGGCUGGCUGCUUCGGCUUCUCCACCUGGCCUCAUCCUUCUCCACAGUCCUGGCCUUCUGGGGUGUCUCCAGUCCCGAGUCCGUGCAGGGUGUGAAGGGGUCCUGCCUCACCAUCCCCUGCGUCUUCAGUUUCCCUGACAAUGUGGAGGUGCCCCAGAGCGGCAUCACGACCAUCUGGUACUUUGACUACUCGGGGACCCGGCAGGUGGUUCACCACUCGCGGGACCCCCAGCUGGUGGACGUGCGCUUCCGUGGCCGCGCCCAGUUUCUGGGUCACGCGGAGCACAAGGUAUGCAACCUGCUGCUCAAGGACCUGAGCCCCCAGGACUCGGGCUCCUACCAAUUUCGCUUUGAGAUCAGUGAGGUCAACCGCUGGCUGGACACCAGAGGCACGGCCGUCAUUGUGGCAGAGAAGCCCAGCGUGCCCACCAUUGCCUCGCCGUUAGAGCUCCGAGAGGGUAUGGAUGUGAACUUCAACUGCUCCACCCCGUACGUGUGCCUGCAAGAGCCCAUCCUGCAGUGGGAGGGCCAGGACCCUGCUCGCUCCCACACCUCCCACCUCCAGAAGCUGGAGCCCAUGGGCAUCAGACACCAGAACAUCCUCCACAUGGCCCUGUCCUGGCAGGACCACGGCCGAACCCUCAGCUGCCAGCUCUCGGUGGCCAAAGACAAGACAAAGGGCGAGAUUCGCCUCCGAGUGCAGCAUGCCCCAAAAGGUGUGGAGAUCCUCCUCAGCCCCUCAGAGGGGAACAUUCGUCCAGGCGAUCUGGUCACACUCACCUGCCAGGUGAACAGCAGCUACCCCUCGGUCAGCUCUGUGCAGUGGGUCAAGGAUGGGACUCGCCUCAAAACCCAGAGUCACGUGCUGCAGUUGUCCCAGGCAGCCUGGGACGAUGCCGGAGUCUACACCUGCCAAGCUGAGAAUGACAUGGGCUCCUUGGCCUCAGCCCCUGUCAGCCUCCACGUCUUCAUGGCUGAGGUCCAGGUGAGCCCAGCAGGCCCCAUCCAGGAGAACCAGACAGUGACGCUGGCCUGCAACGUGCCUAAGGAAGCACCCAGUGGGCUGAGCUAUAGCUGGUACAAGAACCACGCCCUGCUGGAGGAUGCCCACAGCCGUACCCUCCAGCUGCACUUGGCUACCAGGGCCGACACUGGCUUCUACUUCUGCGAGGUGCAGAACGCCCAGGGCAGAGAGCGCUCCAGGCCCGUCAGCGUGGUGGUCAUGCACCCGCCCCUCGUCCCCGACCUGUCUGCCUUCCUGGAGACACAGGGCGGGCUGGUGGGCAUCCUCCACUGCUCCGUGGUCAGUGAGCCUGUGGCCACCCUGGUGCUGUCACACUGGGGACUUGUCCUGGCCUCCACCUCCGGCAAGGAUGACCACAGCCCACGCUUCAGAGUCUCUUCUGCCCCCAACUUCCUGCGCUUGGAGAUCCGAGACCUGGAGCAAGCCGACAGUGGGGAAUACACGUGCACAGCCUCCAACGCCUACGGGAACGUGUCCUCCACCCUGGACUUCCGCGCCAAUGCAGCCCGCCUUCUCAUCAGCCCAGCAGCAGAGGUGGUGGAAGGGCAGGCAGUGACGCUGAGCUGCAGGAGCGGCCUGAGCCAGACGCCUGACAUCCGCUUCUCCUGGUACCUGAAUGGAGCGCUGCUUCUCGAGGGGCCCAGCAGCAGCCUCCUGCUCCCUGCGGCCUCCAGCACCGAUGCUGGCUCAUACCACUGUCGGGCGCAGGAUGGUCUCAGCGCCAGCGGGCCCUCCUCGCCUGCCGUCCUCACUGUGCUCUAUGCCCCACGCCAGCCCAAGCUCACCGCCCGGCUGGACGCCGAUGCUGCAGAAGUUGGGGCUGGCCGCCGAGGCUUCCUUGAGUGCCGUGUGGACAGUGACCCCCCAGCCCAGCUGCAGCUGCUCCACGGGGACGAUGUAGUAGCCUUUUCCCUGCCGUCAGGGGGUGGCUGCAGCAGCUGUGGGGGCUGUUCCGGGCGCAGAAAGGUCAACAGAGCCCCUAACCUGCUGCGCGUGGAGAUACCUGACCCGGUGCUGGAGGACGAGGGUGUGUACCGGUGCGAGGCCAGCAACGCCCUGGGCAACGCCUCCUCCUCCGUGACCUUCAAUGCCCAGGCCACUGUCCUGGUCAUCACGCCGUCACACACGCUGCCAGAGGGCACCGGAGCCAACCUGACUUGCAGUGUGAGCCGGGAAGCCGAUGUCAGCCCUGCCAACUUCUCUUGGUUCCGGAAUCGGGCACUCUGGACCCAGGGCCCCCAGGAGACCCUGACGCUGCUGCCUGUGGCCAGAACAGACGCCGCUGCCUAUGCCUGCCGCAUCCUCUCCGAGCCCGGUGCCCAGCUGUCCGCCCCCGUCGUCCUGAGUGUCCUCUAUCCCCCAGACCCUCCGAAGCUGUCAGCUCUCCUGGACGUGGGCCAGGGCUACAUGGCUGUGUUCGUCUGCACUGUGGACAGCAGCCCGCUGGCCCAGCUGACCCUGUUCCACGGGGAGCACCUCCUGGCCACCAGCCUGGAGCCCCAGCUCCCAUCACACGGCCGCUUCCAGGCCAAGGCCAUGGCCAACUCCCUACGGCUAGAGAUCCGAGACCUGGGUCUUGGGGACUCUGGCAGCUAUCGCUGUGAGGCCACAAAUGCCCUCGGGUCAGCCAAUACCUCCCUCUUCUUCCAGGUCCGAGGAGCCUGGGUGCAGGUGUCGCCAUCGCCCGAGGUCCAGGAGGGCCAGGCCGUGGUCCUAACUUGCAAGGUGCCCACAGAGGCCCUGGAAGGGACCUCCUACCACUGGUACCGAGAUGGCCAGCCCCUCCAGGAGUCAGCCUCGGCCACGCUCCGCUUUGCAGCCAUAACUCUGAGCCAAGCCGGGGCCUACCACUGCCAGGCCCAGGCCCCGGGCUCAGCCACCACGAGCCUGGCUGCCCCUGUCAGCCUCCAUGUGUCCUAUGCCCCACGCGAGGCCACACUCAACACCCUGAUGGACACUGGCCCUGGGCGACUGGGCCACCUCCUGUGCCGUGUGAGUAGCGACCCUUCGGCCCAGCUGCGACUGCUCCACGGGGACCGCCUGGUGGCCUCCACCCUCCAGGGUGUGGGGGAACUGGCAGGCACCAAUCCCCGGCUGAAGGUGGCUGUGGCCCCCAACUCGCUGCGCCUGGAGAUCCACAAUGCGACGCUGGAGGAUGAGGGAGUCUACACCUGCGAGGCCACCAACACCCUAGGCCAGACCUCGGUCUCGGCCAGUUUUGAUGCCGAGGCUGUGAACGUGCAGGUGUGGCCAAAGGCUGCUGUGCAGGAGGGGCAACUGGUGAACCUCACUUGCCUUGUGUGGACUGCCCACCCAGUCCAGCUCACCUACACAUGGUACCAGGAUGGGCAGGAGCGCCCGGGUGCCCACUCCCUCCACCUGCCCAACGUCACAGUCUCGGACGCUGCCCCCUACCACUGUGGUGUGGUGGCCCCCGGCCAGGCACCCCGCCUCUCCAGGCCUGUCAUCCUGGAUGUCCUCUACGCACCCCGCAGCCUGCGCCUGACCUACCUCCUAGAGAGUCGUGGUGGGCGGCUGGCCCUGAUACGGUGCACUGUGGACAGCAACCCCCCCGCCCAGCUGGCCCUCAGCCACGCCGGUCGUCUUCUGGCCUCCUCGACUGGAGCCUCUGUGCCCAAUACGCUGCGCCUGGAGCUGAAGGAGCCCAGGCCCAGCGAUGAGGGUCUCUAUAGCUGCUUGGCCCGCAGUCCUCUGGGCCAGGUCAACACGUCCAUGGAGUUGCGGCUAGAGGGUGUGCAGGUGACCCUGGCCCCGUCGGCCACUGUGCCGGAGGGGGCCUCCAUCACAGUGACCUGUGAGGAUCCUGCUGCCAUCCCACCCACCCUCUACACCUGGUAUCACAAUGGCCAUUGGCUGCAGGAAGGGCCAGCCGCUUCCCUCUCAUUCCCGGUGGCUACGCGAGCUCACACCGGUGCCUACUCCUGUCAAGUUCAAGAUGCCCAGGGCACACGCAGUUCCCGACCUGCAGCUCUGCAAGUCCUCUAUGCUCCUCGGGAUGCCGUUUUGUCCUUCUUCUGGGACUCGAGGGCCAGCCCCAAGACUGUGGUGCAGUGCACUGUGGACAGUGAGCCACCUGCUGAGCUGGCCCUGUCUCAUGGCGGGAAGGUACUGGCCACCAGCCACGGGGUCCAUGGCUUGGCACUGGGGACGGGCCAUGUCCAGGUGGCCCGCAACAUCCUGCGGCUAAAGGUGCAAGAUGUGCCCUCAGGGGAUGAGAACACCUACGUCUGCACGGCCCACAACUUGCUGGGCUCAGUCAGCACCACCGGGCAGCUACAGGCGGAAAAUGUGCGUGUGGUGGCCGAGCCAGGCCUGGAUAUGCCUGAGGGUGCAGCGCUGAACCUGAGUUGUCACCUUCCUGGUGGCCCCACGCUCAUAGUCAACUCCACCUUCACUUGGUUCUGGAACGGCCGGCAACUGUAUGCAGAGCCUGCGGCCACCCUUUCCUUCUCCCGCGUGGCCCGUGCCCAAGCUGGAGUGUACCACUGCCAGGCCGAGCUCCCCACUGGCACCACCAGCUCCGCUCCCGUCAUGCUCCGUGUGCUCUACCCUCCCAAGACACCAACCAUGACAGUCUUUGUGGAGCCUGAGGGUGGCACCCAGGGCAUCCUGGACUGCCGAGUAGACAGCGAACCCCUAGCCAUCUUGACUGUCCAUCUUGGUGGUCGGAUGGUAGCCUCCAGCCAGUCCCCAGGCACUCCAGCCGAGCCGCACAUCCACGUCUCAGCCACCCCCAAUGCCUUGAGGGUGAACAUUGAGGAGCUGAGGCCCAGUGACCAGGGUGAAUACGUGUGCUCUGCCUCCAAUGCCCUGGGCUCUGCCACCGCCUCCACCUACCUUGGAACCAGAGCCCUGCACCGCCUGCAUCUGUUCCAGUGGCUAGUCUGGGUCCUGGGGCUGCUGCUGACUGGCCUCCUCUUCCUCCUGUUGGGCCUGGGGGCCUGCUACCUCCGGAGAAGGAGGUGUUUCCAUAAGCUGAGCAUGGGUGAGAAUUCGGUGGAGAUGGCUUCUCAUAAGGACAGUGUGCAGGAGGAGGAGGCCACUGGCAUCGGUGAUGGCUUGGGCUUCGUAAACAAGGCUGCGUUGGAUCCUGCCUGCUUCUGUGAAAACAGCACUGAGACGUCUGACUUGCUAUGACCUGGUUCCAAACUUCUUGCCCCUCAAGAAAAAUAGGUGGUGAGAAAAGCGAGUGAACCCCAAUCUACCCAGGAGGGUGUGGACCUCAGGGGAUGCCGAAGAGGAAUGAGCUGAUCAUGUUGUCCACUUCUCCUUCACUUUUCUCUGGAUCUCAUCUCUCCAUUUAUCUCCCACUGCCUCUGCCCAUCUUUCUCUUCCAAGCCCAUUCUGGACUAUUUGGAAGGAUUACAAGAGGAGCUUUCUACAUCCUCACAGGCCGGCCAAGGUCCUCUGUAUGAGCUAGAAUACAAGUUAGGCUGCUGUAACAAGAUACCAAAUAUAGUAACUUUAACAUGAGGAAAUUUUAUUAUUCUCUCCCA